AUGUCUUAUGCGUAUCUUUUUAAGUAUAUUAUUAUCGGUGAUACAGCUGUUGGAAAAUCAUGUUUACUUCUUCAGUUCACAGACAAACGUUUCCAACCGGUAUACGAUUUGACAAUUGGUGUUGAAUUCGGUGCCCGAAUGGUAAACAUUGCAGACAAGCAGAUUAAGCUUCAAAUAUGGGACACGGCUGGACAAGAAUCAUUCCGGUCCAUAACAAGAUCAUACUAUCGAGGAGCAGCUGGAGCUCUUUUAGUUUAUGAUGUUACGAGACGUGAUACAUUUAAUCAUCUUGCAUCUUGGUUGCAAGACGCUCAACAACAUGCCAGUCCAAAUAUGGUUAUUACAUUAGUUGGGAAUAAGUUUGACUUGGAUGCUAAACGUGAGGUUAAACAAGAAGAAGGCGAAUCCUUUGCUCGGGAGCAUAAAUUGUUAUUUGUAGAAACGUCAGCUAAAACUGGGGCAAACGUUGAACAGGCUUUUUCUGCUACUGCACGCGCAAUUUACGAACGGUUACAACAAGGUCUUCUGGAUAUCAACAAUGAUGUAACUUGAUUUUAUAAGCAGAUCCAUAGAUAUCUUGAUUUUGUGUGGAUUUAAACAGCUUGCCCACAAGUUUUGUGAUGACGUCUUACUGUUUUACAGUAUACACACCUUGUUAUGACUAACAGCAAUCUAAUUUCUCUGUUACAACUUUCGUGGAACCAAUGGCUUUAGGGUAAUCUCUGUAUAAUAAUUAAGAUAUUUGUACGAAACAAAGUGGAGAGAGAAUGAAAAUAAAUUAUGGACAGCAAGUAACUUUACACACUAAAUUUUGCUUUUUUCACUUUUGCGUUUAUCAUGCGUGCGUGUGUGUGUUGAGUAUUUCACCUUACAAUUAUUUUCCCGUGAUGUCAGUAGCCUUAGAUAUUGUAAUUUUCAGUGUUUUCUCCAUCAUGUUUUGUUUAAAUUCAAUGCUUCUGAUGGAUUGUUCUUGUACUGAAAGAAAGUUUCAUUAUGUAUUGGAUUAGCUGUAUGUGUCGUAUUGGAAAUCUUUGGUGUUAUUACGAAUGGAAUUGUACUCACAAGUUGUCUUGAUUUUAAAGAAUCCUUCUGAAAGACUGUGUAUUAAGAUAUGUGUAGUUGUUCAGUCUGUAGCACUUGUCAACUUUGAUUCUCGCUAAGACUGUUUAUAAGGACUCUGUCUAUGGUACUUCUUAGUGUAGGUCCACCUUCUGACUAAUGCUAUGCAGUGGUAAUUACAGGUACUAUAAUAUUCUUAACAGUCUACUCUUCUUCGAAGAUUUCUGAUCCAAUUCCGUUAUUGUUUUUGAACAGAGGGAACUUCACAAACAAUUUUGCAAUGAAUAGCUUUUGAUGCAUGUUGUACAUAAGUUUGCUACUUAUUUUACAAUGUGUUACAUAAAGCGAGUAUGAGGUUCGUUGAAAUCAAUGUAUACACCGGUGUCGUUAGAAGUGUUUAGUCAUUUCGAUUGGGGCAACAUGUUGGUUGUCUUAUGAUAUUGUAGUUAUCUAGAGUGAUAUUGUUUUAAAAUGAAAGUGUUAAUCGGGGAAUUAAUUAAAAUCAAAGUUAAAAUGUAUAGACUAUUUUGUUAUGUGAUGUCCUUGUAUAAUCAUGAAUGGAUAACUUACUAUCAUGUAUAGAAAAUAACUUGUGCUUUGACUGUUUUUACUCUUCUUUAUUGAAGCGCGAAUGUAAUUGUUAUAUGUGAAUUAACUUGUAUGUUCAGAUAUGACUUUUUGCUGACGUAUACGGAGUAGUUCCGUUUCGUUAAUGUUAUUCAUAAUCCUGCAACUGGUUGUCGGGUUUUCUUAUUUUGACACCCAUUUUUUCUUUGUUAUAAUGUUUAGUUCUAUUACAAGCUCAAAAGUUGAAGUAGCAUCCGUUGCCUAACUGGCAACUGGGUUGCAGGAGCCCGGUGUUUAUAUCAGUAAACAGAAGCUUAACUGGCACUACACAAGUCAUACAUGUAAGCCCAGGUGUGCAACCAUUGAAAUUAUGCACUAUGUCGUUUACACAUCUUAAGUACACAUACUUUAAACAAAGAGUAUUGCACGGAGCCAUGUUAGCGCUUACGGAGAGUUGACAUCUGAAGUGAUGACAACUAGUGGCGUCUGUCAAGGAUGCACACUGUUCUCAUUUCUGUUUAAUUUCAUUAUUGAUGUAUUCAUGAAAUUGACUGUAGCGACUUAGGGACUGACUAGUUCUCAGGGGACGGUCUCGUUGACCUAAAGUAUUCGGAUGAUAUUAUCCUCCUAGGUGAAUUCGUUGAUAAAAUCCAAAGUCUUCUCAACACCUUGAGAAGAAAUCUUCGAAUUUUCGGCAUGCCUUGUGCUGCUGCCAAAUGUAAGAGGGUGCUGCAGGACUAGACUGCACUGACUCCUAGCUUAAAAAUAGGGACUGAAGUGGUAGAACGUGUUGACCGCUUCACUUAUUUGGGAAGUCGCAUUGGCCAAACCGGACUGAUUGCUGACCAAAUGUCUGCACUCACAAAAAGGCCCUCGUAGCAUUAAUCAAAUUACAUAAUCUCUUACAUAGAUGCGAUAUCUGGUCAUCGAUUAAAGGGUAUGUGUACUGCACAGCCGUUCUGUGUCUUUUCUUAUUGCUGUGAGACAUGACCAUCGAAAAUGGAAGAUAUGAAAAGGCUAGCUGUCUUUGAUCAUGGAUGUUUGCGUUCUAGCUCUUGCGUGGUGUAAUCUGGCAAGAUUGAAGUUUAGCGUCGAGAAUCAGUGGUUGGAGACACUAGGUGACAUGGCUCAAAAUCGUUGUCAGUGGCGCAGAUGUAUUCAGUCUCUUUAACCUUUCAUAUUCCUUUCUACCAUUACUCAUUCUGUUUCACUAUUAUACUUGUCUAAAUUCUAUUGAUUCUCUUCACUCAUUUUCUUGUCUACCUUUGUGUGCUAUUUGGAACGUGGCAACUCGAACUGCUGCACUUCGGUGCCAAGUUCUAUGUUGAAUCCAGCAGCAGCAGCGUCGAGUGUUAGGUAAGUAGGGUAAGUUGAUUGGUGCGGUUGUGUAGGAAAAUUGAUUAAGAUAGCUAGGGCACCUGUUGCGCAUACAUAGCCACUGUCUUCCUCGACGAGGAAUGUUAACUGAUAUAGGAUUACGUUAGGAAAAAGUUAGGGAUGGUCAGACUAAAACACCGUAUAAAUUCAUGAAGUCUCUAAUUGUUUGUUUGAGCCACGCAGGGAAGUGGCUGAGGUCCUCGUGGUUUUUGAAAUCAACUUCUCGAGACUGUUGGAGAUAUAGCUCAAAGUCGUUCUGAGUGGCGCAGAUGCUUUUGCUCUGUGUCAUCUCCCAAAUCCAUUUAAUGCUCAUGUUUCUCCACGUCACUAUUCUUUCUCCCAGAUAUCUGAAUCCCCUUUUCCUCUCUUUUGUGUAUACCUUUUUGUGUUAAAUGGAAUGUCAUGACUUGAACUUCUGCGCUACUAUGCAGAGUUCUAUUUUAAAAUCAAGUCAGUUAGUUGAAGAAAGAUUUUAAACCUAAUUGGUUCGCUUUCAGUGGAUAAAUUCAUCUUCUCUUAGUAACACUUCUCAGUAGUAGACUGCAUAAAAAUUAUAGUCACAGCAACGUGUGAUAUACUGUACGAAAAAAUAAAUUAAAAGCGUCAUCGAUUUUCUGCUAUACAAUUGCACUAGUGGUUACGAAUGAUUCGACAAAUGAAGAUAUUUACAAGAAAUUCUUUUUUAGGUAACAUGGAUGUGUAACUGUAAAAUUUAUGUCUUGUUCUAAUUGCUUUUUUGUGAGAAAUCUUUUACCAUCAGUCGCAUAACACUGGGAGAUAAAAUUUUAAAGUAUAUUUCUAGUUUUAUGAUUAACAGUUAUAAUUCAUGACUGUUGAUUGAUAAUUAUCUUGUACACUAGACACAUAUGGUGUGAUUUUAAUCGGUAUGUUGGUUUGAUUUAUCACUUUCUUUUCUGCUGUUUGUAAAAAGGAGCGGCAAAUACAGCAAACUUUCUAUAUGGUUGACUUUGUAGUCGUUUCCAUUCUUUAGCAUACACUUAUUUAAUCAUAGAAAUAAAACAGGUUUGGAUAUGACAUCGUUGAAAAAUGAAUGCUUUUGUUGCAUUAAUUGAUCCUAGUAGUAUGAAUUCUUAUUAUUUGUCGACUGUUUUUUAAACUGUGUGAAUUCGUGUUGUGUUUAAAAUUUCGCUAACUUGUUUAUAAUCUGGUUCAGCUAUAUUUUCCCUUGAAAAACCAUUUUUGUUGAACUAGGACCACAUUUUGCAUCUGUAAUGCGAUUUUAAUGUGGAUAUCAUGCAACAAAAUGCCUGAGAUUUUUAAUUACUGGUAGCUAACUGCAGAAAGCUUAGAAAAAACGAAAGAAACCCGUGGAUUGGUAGAAAGCCUACCUCGUAAAAUUAUCAAAGAAGGGCGACGUGGGUCUCUACAAGAACGCGUGUAAUAAUGCUCUUGUCCAUGCCAAGUAAAAUACUAAGUCUCAUCUUCCUGGAGGGAAUUAAACGUGCACUGAAUGCAGAGCUCCGCCCCACCGACCAGAAUAAGCUGGAUUCAGGAAAGGCAAACCAUGUGUUGACUGAAUUGCAACUCCACGCAUCAUCGUCGAAUAAUGCACAGAAUGACAGUCCAAACCUCAACCACGAUUUCAUCGACCCUGAAAAGGCCUUAAACAGUGUUGACCUCUAAGUAGUUUGGAAAAUACUUCAACCCUAUGGCGUGCAGUGCCCAAUUCUUUAUCAUCUUCAUCCAACAGUUGGCUAUAUGACAAUGUCAAGUGUCAAGUGAUCCCUAAUGGAAAACUCAGCGAAGGCUUUGAAGUGAAGACAGGAGGUGGUGAAGAUAACCAACAAACAGCAACAACAGCAGCACCAAUCACCAUCAACUGGAUGAAUUUGAAAUGAAAUGAUAAUGACGUAAUAACAAUAAUAACGGCUAAAUAGCAGUUAGCUUCCACUUAAUACAAUCCUGUAAAAUUUUUAAUUUUAAAUUAAUAUUUACUUAGUGCAUACAUACCUAUAUUUUGAAUAAUGUCUACUCAGUUAUAAUGGGUUUCUGAGACAGAAUUCAGUGAAAGGAAAAGAGGCUGUGAAAUUAAAGCAGGAUUGAAACUAUGCAUUCUACCGCACUUGGAUGCAUCUUCUCUAAGUGGUAUAUCAAAGGCAUCAUUCAUUUUUUCACCUUACCACAUGUUUUUUUUAUCAGUGACUGGUGCCCAGUGAUGCUAAGCCAGAUAUUACCAAUCACCCUAUAUUAUUAUUAUUAUUCCCUUGGGUUCCGAGUCGAACAUACGGCUUCGACAACACAUCUCCAUUUUGUUCUAUCUUCUUCCAUCCCCUUCAGCUGGGUCCACGAUUGCCCACAAUCUCUCAUCUCCUCCUCACAUGAUGUCCUCCAUGUCACCCUCUCACUGACGACACACUCGUCGCUUCCUAUUUGGAUUCCACUCGAGCGAUGGCCUGGAUUGCGCGUGAUGUCAUUCGACGGCCUCCUCAACAGUUGCCCGAUCAAUGCAUACCCAUUUUCUCCUACAUAUUUGUUUUGCGAUCGGCUCUCACCUAUUGGUAUGUUCCCAGUCAGAGUUUCUUGUUACUAAUUCUCUCCAGCCAGCUGGCUGGCCAUUUGAUCUUCAGUUUGGAGUCAACCAGCGAAGUGGGUAGCUGAUGAUAAUAGUCUGUAGUUGGCUGUUGGAAAUGCUUUUCGUGACACGCUGGCCAAGUUUGUGACCCGUAUAGAAGCACUAACCGACUUGACAUUUGCGUUGAAAAUGCGAAUCUUGUUCCUUAUGGUGAAUGCGGAAGAUUUCCAAACUGGUUUCAGGUUGAUGAAGGCGUAUCUUACCUUUCCGAUUCUGGUCUACCUCCACAUCUUCAUCCGUUCCGACUGCCUGCAGUUGAAACGAUGCUUCCUAGUUAAGUGAGUGUAGGAAGUAACCUCUGUCAAAUCUCUCCCGUUGAUGGUGAGUGGUGCUGGUCGUUGUCAUUGUUGCGGUUCGUCGGUUAUCUUCAUCACCUCCGUCUUCUCUAUGUUCACCUGCAUUCCUGUCUUCUAUGGCUGCCUCUUCAGCCAGUUUGUUUGUUUUCGCUUGCAAGUCUUCGAGUUUGUGAGACAUUAGACAUAUAUCAUCUACACGCAAAAUCCAGAUCUCCUAGAGUCUUCUUUUCAGUGGUGCAACGUAUUGCUGUCUUCUUACUCCCCACUCGCAGUCUGACGCAUAAUCCAAUCCACCACAAUUAUGAAUAUCAUCAGCGGUAAUAGGCAUCCAGCUUGUCUUACUCCUGUAUGCACUUCGAACACCUCUCUGAGUUUGCCGUUGUGGAUGAUCUGACAGGCGUUGUCAUAUAGCGAGCAGUUGAAUGAGGUUGAUAAAGACUUGGGCAUUGUACUCCAUAAUGUUGAAGUAUUUUCCAAAUUACGUCUCUAUCAACGUUGUCGAAGGCGUUUUCGAAGUCGAUGAAGGAGGUUGAGGUGGAGUUUUAACU